CUUUAGAGGAAUUUGGUGUGCCCGCGGUCAUGUGACGCGCGUUCGGGCAGACUUGCCGCUGAGCUCGCCAGGCACACGCAGGUGUGUCGCCGCUGUCAGAAGGGCGGACGUCACGUUACCUGGCGCUGCAGGUGCGCGCUCACCCUCGUCUCUGUCCUUCCGUCAGUGUGUUGUACAGGAUUUACAAAGACAGAAAAAAAAAACAACUUUACUAAAAGCGAGAAAGCUCCUCAAUGGAAAAGGCUGCAGCUGUUGAAAGGGUGAAGGAAACUCGAAGGAACUGCCGCGGGUGCCCCUUGGUAUAAAGCAUCAGAUAGUGAAUAGAAUCUGGCCAAAUGGGGUGCAGAUGCUGUCGAAUGAUUAAAAGCUACAUAAUUGAUCCUUCUGUUCCAGUUGAAGUUCGUGGGCGAAGAUGUGAAGCUCCUAGCACCACUUUCCCACACCGGGAUAAGUUUAUUGGAAAAAAUAAUUAUACUGAUGGGCGUGCAUUUAACAAAUCAGUUAUACCUGACCAGAAAGCUGAAUCACAAAAAUCAAACAUAGAAAAUAGUAAGGAGGAUAAAAAUGUACUCAAAAGGACACAGUUGCCAACUUCGGAGCUUGGAAGUGGAGAUUGUCCAGAUGGCUCGGAACAUGUGAGCACCAAUGGAGUCUGCAUUUUAGAGAAGACACAGAAUCAACUGUGUGGUUCAGUAGUUCCUCCAAAAGGUAACAACUCUCUGCCCAGUCCAGUGAGCAGUUCACUUUUAGAUGAUGAUGGAGCUCAAAGUCAGCAAGAUAAGGGAUCAACAGAAAUAAUCAAUCAGCCUGCUGUACCACAAGAUAUAAUUGUAGUACCCUCUGAAGAGACUGGUUUUUUGGAAGUGGUUACUUUUGAGCCAACAGCUAACAAACACAGUACUGUAGAAAACAGCUUUCAAAGCAUCCCGAACUCUACAGAUAGCACUGCUGUUACAACAAACAACAUUCAUGAUUGCAGUUUGAGCAGUGACCCUACAGAGACAGAAGAACAUGUUCUCCACAAUGGAGAUUUACACGGUAAUCUUUCAACAGGCCAUUAUACUUUGCUAGCCACAGAGUCUGUAGAGAACAGGGAUUUGCCUAACACAGAGGUAAUCCUAGAAGAUAUUGCAGUGGCAGAAGCACUUGCUGCUCUUGAGGCGGCGACUGCUGGCGAAGAUGAAGACUAAAUGUUGCAUGUGAAGACUUGGAACAGUGAACUCUUUGAUGCAGGCAUCUGAUAAGCCCUUACUCUUGUAGAGUGGCCAAUAAAGUGAUAAAGAUGGCUGGGAUCACAUGAAAAUUCCAAUAUAUGGGAAUUGCACUGGGUCAAAUGCUUUAUUAAACAAGAUACAGAGUAAAUCUGAGUAGCUUUUGAGCAGUUUGACUAAGGAGUGUUCUUUGUUAUCCCAUGACCAUACAUUAAGACAUUUAAACUGGCCUAUAUUCUUCUAUCUUCAUCAUGGGGUGCAUUUCACAUAUAUGACAUUACAGUUAACUUCUGAGCCUUCUGCCCCAAAGACACUGCCUUUUUAGUAAACUUUUGAUAGUUUCAAAAACCUUCUGUUUGUCUUAUUUCAUUUAAAAGUUGGACCAAUUUUUAAAUAUUCAAGGUGACCAAACCAACAAAUGAUGAGUGAUACUUUAAAACACUCCCAUUAAUGUGACUAAAAACUAAAACACUGUUGUAAUCCUUUUUUAGCUUUGACUGUUAUACAUGCAGUCCUCAGUAAUUUAAUAUAUUUUAGUAUAUUUUAAUAUAUAAUCUUCACACAUGUGUACUAUAUAUAUAUAGUUUUUUUUUGAAAACCAUUCUUUUUUAACAGAUAAAAUGUUAUGGAGCGUUUCUAAUUGCUUCUAUCAAAUUAAACGUGUAUAACAAAACACAGGAAAUUCAUUAAUCCUAAUCCUCCUAAUCCCAGUCACACAUACACAGGUCCAAGUCUCAAGCAAAAUGUCAAAUUGAGCAUUAAGUCCAGGGAAAAUAUUUCUGCAUUGAAAUCAAAGUAACUUUUUACUUUAGUUGCUAUUUAAGCUUUUCAGUAAUUUUUUGCAGACUAUCUAACGUAUUCCUGUUAGAUGAAGAGAGAUGAAUGUAGAUACUAUUGUUCUCUUAACAAAGCAAAGCAACCAUAUCCUUUUAGAGAAAAACUAAUCUCUUCAGUGUAGCCACCAGGUAGACCACCUCAGGACACACCUGUUAAGACUCAUGACCUCAUGAUUUGGGCUCAGUGAUCAUCUCAUAGUUUUUUUAACUGAAGGCAGACUCCAGGUUGACCACAUUAGAAUUGCAAUACAUGAUGUUUGGGGCGGCUGCCAUAUUCAACCUCAUCUCAACAACACUUGAUUUACUGAUAACUUUAUCUGAUAUUAAUAAGUAAUAUUAAAGGAGUUUGGCAUAUUUUUGUAUUCAGUUUGUUUGAAGAAAAUUGAUUUUAUGUAAGCAAUUGAAUUUCUGUCACAGUGCUUUAGGUUAUGAGAGAGAAUUGUAUAACAUUUCAUAAAAUAUUCUAUUUAUUCCCUUCUUGUCUUACUGCAGAUAGUUUUUUUGUAAAUUUUGACCACCUCAAUGAGUCAAGACAAAAUGGACUGAUUGCAAGAGGAAGCGGCUGUUUGUUUUAUAUAUUUUAUUUAUUUUUAUGAAAACAGCUUUUAUAUACUGUUAAAAGUACAAUAUUUUCUAAUGAUGACAUAUCUCUUUAUGCAGUUUUAAAAAUUAAAAUGCUUUUG